UGACGGUACAAAACCGAUAUCAGCUUGAAAUGAACCCUUAUCAACAUAAAUAAAACGACCUUUCCCCAAAUUAAAAUGAUGAUAGCCACCAAAUAUUAACACCCGGCGAAUGCAAAAGGUCUGACAAUGGCAGCUACUGCUAUAACAGUUCACCAAUUUAUUUCAAAUUCGCACAGUUUUCGUCCCCAAACCAUCGGCAGCGGUGGAUUCCGGUGGUCGAAGAGAGCAAACUGGCGAGCCGUACGCUGCUGCGAGACAGCUGUCGAGGUUGCAUCUGAGGCGCGGAAAACGGUGGUGAAGAACGGAAAUGACUCGCUCGAGAUAUGCAGAGUGCUCAACGGGAUGUGGCAGACCAGCGGCGGCUGGGGUAGAAUCGACCGAGACGACGCCGUUGAGGCCAUGCUCUGGUACGCCGACGCCGGUCUCUCCACAUUCGACUUGGCCGACCACUGUAUGUAAUUUACUUCUGUGCCCUCAGCCCUUUCAGAUGUUAAAAACAAACACAAUAAAAUUUCUUGGUUGAGGACAUGAAGUAGUAUUUAGUACCAAAAAACCAUUGUACUUGUGUUAAUUAUGAAACUUAACCCUGUGCAUUAGCAAAUAGCAACGGCUUAAGUAGAUAUUUGUACUUUAUUAUCUGAGGAAAACAAAUUGUCUAGUAAAGUCAUUAAUUCAAGAAUUUAAAUAUCAGGGGCAAAACGGACAGUUUGCAAUAACAUAAAAUAUAUGGCAAGAUAAAUUUAAGGUUGGGGAGUGAACAUACAAACAGAUAGGAUAAAAUAAAGCCAGUUGCAGAACCUUUAGGCUCUCUACUCUCUGCCUGCCAAUGGCAGAAAUUUUAAAAACCUCGUGGAAUUCGUUAACCCUUAAAUCAAUCGAGAAAAGUUCUAAGUACGGUAGAGUAUAUGAGAUGAACAAAGUGGUCACAAGGCCAUUCGUGUGCUCGCUACCUAAUGAUAAGCAGAGAAUUGAAGUGAAGAGCGGAAAAGACUCGCUCGACAUUUGCAGAGUUGUUAAUGGGAUGUGGCAGACGAGUGGCGGUUGGGGUAGGAUCGAGCGAGACAAUGCAGUCCAAGCCAUGCUUCAAUAUUCUGAUGCUGGGCUUAAUACUUUUGAUUUGGCUGAUAUAUAUGGACCUGCGGAAGAUCUUUAUGGUAUCUUCAUAAAUAGGGUGCGUAGAGAGCGCCCUCCCGAGUAUCUUGAAAAUGUCAGGGGGUACGUGCGUAACAUCCAGUUGUUUCGGCUUACUAAAUGGGUUCCUCCACCAGUGAAGAUGACUAGCAGCUUUGUCCGCGAGAGCAUUAAUGUUUCUCGGAAGAGAAUGGAUGUUGCUGCUUUAGACAUGCUUCAGUUUCAUUGGUGGGACUAUUCUAAUCCUGGUUACCUUGAUGCCCUUAAACACCUAACGGACUUGAAGGAAGAAGGCAAGAUUAAGACAGUUGCCUUGACUAACUUUGACACGGAGAGGUUGGAAAAGAUUCUUGACAAUGGGAUUCCAGUUGUUAGCAAUCAGGUGCAACAUUCAAUAGUCGACAUGCGUCCCCAACAGAGCAUGGCGAAGCUUUGUGAGCUCAAAGGAGUUAAACUCAUAACGUAUGGAACUGUGAUGGGUGGACUAUUAUCAGAAAAGUUUCUUGAUACCAAUUUAACGAUCCCUUUUGCUGGCCCUCCACUAAAUACACCUUCACUGCAGAAGUACAAAAGGAUGGUUGAUGCUUGGGGAGGAUGGUCUCUUUUCCAAGUUUUGCUUCAGACUCUCAAAAAAGUUGCUUCGAAACAUUUGGUCUCAAUUCCCACAGUUGCUGUCAGAUACAUCUUGGAUCAACAAGCAGUGGCGGGGUCAAUGAUAGGUGUUAGGCUUGGCCUUUCGGAACACAUCAACGAUGCAAAUGAUAUAUUUUCCCUUGUUCUUGAUGAGGAUGACCUUAACAGCAUUUCAGAGGUUUCAAGGAAAGGCAAAGAUCUCAUGAAAAUAAUCGGCGACUGUGGGGAUGAAUACAGGCGUGCGUGAGAACAAACUUCAUAGUUUAAUCCCUGUUGUUUUUAUUUGAUCACUCAUAUUUGCAUGAUUUGCGAAUAUCAAUUUCUGGGUAUGUUUGACUUUGUUCUCAUGGAUCAUUGACAUUCAACAUUACAUGUACAGAAUGCAGUAAUUUUAUGUAUUCAAUGAUCAUCGAUCUUCAUAAUUCUCCUUUUUUAAUAAAUAUAUUGGUGUUCUUGAUAAAAA